GGGGUGAUGAACGUGAAUAAUAAGAUCGAGAGAGCUCAUCAAAUGUAUAGAGAAGGUAAGUACCAGGAAGCUUUAGUUUAUUACACCGAAGCGCUUUCCGCCGCCAAGUCCAUACCCCAACAAAUCGCUCUCCACAGCAAUCGGGCCGCCUGUUUUCUCAAACUCCACAACUUCAAGAAGGCUGCUGAAGAAUGCACCUGGGUGCUUGAGCUUGAUCACAAUCACACUGGAGCAUUGAUGUUGCGUGCUCAGACGUUAGUCACUCUAAAGGAGUACAACUCAGCUCUUUUUGACGUCAAUAGGCUCAUUGACUUAAACCCUUCAUCAGAAGUUUAUCAGAAUCUUCAGGCCCGAUUAAAGACACAAUUGUCCCUUGCUCCCAUCCCUGAAGAUGAUGCAGAGCUUGAAGAAGAUGAAGAUGAUACAGAACUGCAGGUGGACAAGGAGGUAAAAGAAAGAAAAGCAUUGGAGGAAUGUGAAGAUGGAGUAGAGCAAGUUACAGAGGCGGUAGUUCCUGACGAGCAAAGGCUGAGAGUUGUGGGGUUACUGCCAGAGGGGAGGUCGCUGCUCAGAAUAGUGCCGUUGGUAAGUUAUCCGAACAAGAUUCCUCUGGGUGGCAAGCUAUCCCAAAACCGAAAGGACACUCACAACUUGACUACUCAAGGUGGGAUAGAGUUGCAGAUGAAUCCAGCGAAGAUGAUGACGAAGAUAGCGACAAUGAUUCUCAGCCCCAGUACAGAUUCCGAGUGAGAACAGUUGGUGUGCGUGCGGUAAAGUAACGUCAGAAGAAUUGCCCGAACAAUGUAUUUUACUUGACUCAUUUAUGACCGACUCUGCAGACAAGUGUCUGUAGAGGUAACGCCGCCCAUGAUGAACGGAGGUGCUGUGGUUUGAAGGCUGCAGUUGAUGGUUCGUAAAUCAAACUUCAAAUGGUACGUGCAAUGCUUUGCUGGUUGGCUGCAAAUGAUCAACACUGAAGCUGUUCUGUUCUGUUCAAGGGAUUUUUGUGUAUCUGGAGAUCUUGAAUGGCAAAGGCAGUGUCUCAGGACUAGCGUUUUCUGAUGGGCUUGAAAAGAAGAUUGAAGGAUGUUAUAGAACCUUGGCUUGCAUUUACGAUGUCUGAUAUUGAAGGGACAUUUCUCUCCUGGCUUAUUGCUGUGUUAUGGGCAAAGGCGCAAUCAAAUUCCUUCUUCCUUUUCCUCGCACUUAACGGAGCAGAUUCAGACGGUACUCAAAAUGGCACAUUUAGACAAGAAGCAGGGAAGCGGCUAUGGAGUAGAUGUUAUCGUUGCAUGAUUAGAAUGUGUUCUAGCGCAGA